AUGUCGUUGAGGAAAUGCUGUCGGACCAGUAACAGGAAGAGCCUGAUUGUGACGUCCAGUACCUCUCCGACACUACCCAGACCACACUCACCACUACAUGGACACCCAGGGAGCAGCCCUCUGGACAGCCCCAGAAACUUCUCCCCAAACACGGCAGCACASUUCUCCUUCGUUCCAGCGCGCAGGACGGAUGGCAGACGCUGGUCUCUGGCCUCACUUCCCUCCUCUGGAUAUGGCACUAACACACCCAGCUCCACUGUCUCACAGGACAGAAGCAGACAGUCAGAGUCUCUGGGUGUCCUGUCCUACCUGAGGCUGCGUGAGCGGGGGCGCAUGGGCGAGUGUCGUUCAUCCUCGUCUGUGAUGCUCUCGGAGCUGAAGUGCUUGGUGAGGAAGUGCAGCUCGUCCGCCGUGGGCUGGAAAGGCAGCUGCCCUGGUCGCUCACCCAUCUCUGUGUGUCUGUGUGCUUUCAGCCCUGGUCGCUCACCCAUCUCUUUUGACCAUGAGGUCGUCAUGAUGAACCAUGUCUACAAGGAGCGCUUUCCCAAGGCCACGGCUCAAAUGGAGGACCGUCUGGCUGACUUCCUGUCGUCCUCGGCCCCUGACAAGGUGAUGCCCCUGGCCGACGGGGUCCUCAGCUUCAUCCAUCACCAGGUCAUAGAGCUGUCCAGAGACUGCCUGGUUAAAAGCCGAGAGGGCUGCAUCACGUCACGCUACUUUUACGAACUGCAGGAGAACCUGGAGAAACUACUGCAAGAUGCUCACGAGCGCUCGGAGAGUGUGGAGGUUACCUUCGUCACCCAGCUGGUUAGGAAGCUGAUGAUCGUCAUCGCUCGCCCUGCACGCCUGUUAGAAUGUCUGAGGCUCUCUCAGUUCCACCCCACCCAGUCUACCCUCCACCCGUCUACCCCUCACAGUCUACCCUCCUCCACCCAGUACCCUCUACCCCACAGUACCCUCACCCGUCCUACCCCCCCCCGGUCUACUCCCACACCACCAGUCUACCCACUCACACCAGCUACCUCACCCCACGUCUACCUCUCCACCACCCCAGUCUACCCCUCUCACCCAUCCUCCCGUCUACCCCAUCUACCCUCCACCACCCAGUCUUACCCCCUACCCAGUCUACCCCCUCCACCCAGUCUACCCCACUCCACCCCAGUCUACCCCACCGUACCCACCCACCCAGUCUAUCCCCUCACCCCAGUCUACCCUCCCUCCAGCCCAGUCUACCCUCCCACCCAGUCUACCUCCACCACCCCAGUCUACCCCCAUCCACCCAUCUACCCCUCUACCCAUCCUAGCCCCUCCACCCAGUCUACCCCACUCUACACCCACUCUACCCUCCACCACCAUCUACCCUCCUCCACCCUAGUCUACCCUCCACCACCCCAGUCUAACCACUCCUCCACCCCAGUCACCCUCACACCAAUCUACUCCCCCCCCCAUCUACCCUCUCUACACCCCAGUGGUGACUGUGCCACCCUGCUGAAGAACAUCGGAGCUCUGCCCGUGGACAUGGCACGCAUGUACUUCGCUGAGACCGUACUGGCACUGGAGUACCUCCACAACUACGGCAUCGUACACAGAGACCUGAAACCUGACAAUCUUCUGAUCACGUCGAUGGGCCACAUCAAGCUGACGGACUUUGGGCUGUCUAAGAUCGGUCUGAUGAGCCUCACCACCAACCUGUAUGAAGGACACAUAGAGAAAGAUACCAGGGAGUUCCUGGAUAAACAGGUGUGUGGUACACCAGAGUACAUCGCCCCAGAGGUGAUCCUCAGACAGGGCUAUGGGAAGCCAGUAGACUGGUGGGCCAUGGGGGUCAUCCUCUACGAGUUCCUGGUGGGYUGUGCCCCUUUCUUUGGAGACACACCUGAGGAGCUCUUUGGACAGGUCAUCAGUGAUGAGAUCAUAUGGCCAGAGGAGGAGGAGGCUCUUCCUAACGAUGCACAGGACCUCAUCUCUAAACUCCUCAGACAGAACCCUCUGGAGAGGCUGGGCACAGGUAUGGCAUUUGAGGUGAAGCAGCAUCGGUUCUUCUAUAAUCUGGACUGGAACAGUCUGCUGAGACAGAAGGCAGAGUUCAUCCCUCAGCUAGAGUCAGAGGACGACACCAGCUACUUUGACACCCGUUCAGACAGGUACCACCACUUGGACUCUGAAGAUGAAGAUGACACCAAUGAUGACGAACACGUAGAGAUACGUCAGUUCUCCUCCUGCUCGCCCCGCUUCAGCAAGGUGUACAGCAGUAUGGAGCGUCUAUCCCUCCAUGAGGAGAAGAGGACCCCCCCGCCCACCAAGCGCAGCCUCAGCGAGGAGGGAGGAGAACGCAUUGACAGCCUCAGUAGUCUCAAGUCCAGAGACCGCGCCUGGCUGGUGGGGUCACCUGAGAUCCUGCGUAAGCGUCUGUCUGUCUCAGAGUCGUCCCACACCGAGAGCGACUCCAGCCCUCCCCUGACGGUGCGAAGACGCUGCUGCUCUGCCAUCAUCGAGAUGCCGCGCUUCGCCAUCUCCUCAGAGGAGGAAGCAGGGGUGGCCCCCAGCCAUAGGAGCUCCAGCYUGCUCAGCCAGACCCCCGGUGGAGUCAGGGGCCCCCGCAGYGAGGACCUGCCCCUCUCCAUCCCUGAGCUCCCCGUGGAGAGAGAGCUGAAACUGGACGAGUCCCCCACAACACCAGACUCUACAGCCAGCCAGCUCAGCAAAGCCACACUCACACCGGGCAGUUCAGGAGAUGUGUGGGAGCGUGGUUCAGGGGCAGACAGCUCUCCCUCUACCCCUAAGGCCAUCAGUGACCUGGCAGCUAGGAGGGCCCGUCACAGACUGUUGUCUGGAGACGCAGACAAACACGCCCAGUCCAGACCACUCAACAAGGUCAUCAAGUCAGCCUCCGCUACCACUCUCUCACUCAUGAUUCCUGCUGCUCGUCAGGAGGACCGGUCCACACCUGACUCUACACACUCUGUAGGGGGUAACUCGUCUCAGAGCAGCUCUCCCAGCUCCAGUGUUCCUAACUCCCCAGCCAGCUCCGGUCACAUCAGGCCCAGCUCCCUCCACGGCCUGGCCCCCAAGCUCCAGCGCCAAUAUCGCUCCCCUCGCCGCAAGUCAGCCGGCAACAUCCCUCUAUCCCCCCUGGCCCGCACCCCUUCCCCAACCCCACAGAGCACCUCCCCCCAGCGCUCUCCCUCCCCCCUGUCCAGCCACGGACUAGGCUCCACCUCUAUGGGCCAGACCUUUCCCGUCAAGCUCCACUCUUCCCCCCCUCUGGUCAGACAGAUCUCCAGGCCCAAGAGCGCUGAACACCCCCGCUCCCCACUGCUCAAGCGAGUCCAGUCUGCUGAGAAGCUAGCCUCCUCCCUCUCCUCCUCGUCGUCCUCCCCCUCUCCAUCAGGCGCCGGAGGCGACAAGAAGCUGCCUGUAACAGUGACAGGGCGUAAACACAGCCUGGACAUCUCCCACCAGGAGUUUAAGAAGGAGAUGCUUCAGAGAGACCCCAGUCUGCAGAGCCUCCAGGAAUCAGCUGGGGAGAGAGAGAGCCUGCUGCUGGGUGUGGGGCCUGGGAUAGGGGGCCGUGGGGGUCCCGUGGAGAAGGGCAGCCUGCAAAAACCCUCCUCCAGCAGGAAGCUAGGACGUCAGGAGGGGGACGGAGGGUCGACUGCCGGGUCCCUGGGGCUGGCCCCCGGGAAGAGCAAACUGAAGGACAAGCUGUCAGCCAUCAGACAGGACCGGGCUGAGAGGAGGGAGUCACUACAGAAGCAGGAUGCUAUCCACGAGGUGGACUCAUCAGAGGACGAGACAGACGAGGGGUCGGAGGACAGUCAGGACGGGAGGGGCAGGAACACCUGCACCUUUACCCCCCCACUGCUCCGCCCCACCUCCGUCAUGCCCACCGCCCCCCGUACGGGACCCGGGGGCACCCUCCCCUCCCUCUGUCUGUCCCCCUCCUCCACCCUGCUGCCAAGCAGAGCUACCAUACCCUCCACACUCCACGAACACAAGCCCACUCAGAGUGGUCCUUCGCUGGGAGGGAAAGACGGCGGCUCAGCCUCCUCGGAUGACUGUAGGCGGAGAGAUGGGAAGACUCCAGACCCCAGCAGCAAGUUCACCCAGAGCCCCCUGUCCAGCACCUUCGCCACCCUCGGCAGUGCUUUCAUCUCCGUCAGCAAGGACACCUUCCUGAAGCCUGCUGCUUCAUCUCCACAUCAGGACUGGAGGAGCCCCAAGUUGCUUGAGCCCAGGGGGAAGAGCAGUAGUUUAUGGAGCGAGGAGAGAGACUCUGGCCUGGAGGCCCCCAGAUCCAGCCCCACUGGAUCCAUAGAUGGCAGAUACAUAGCCCACACACCCAUCUCCUCCCCAGGCAUCACCAAGGAGAAGAAGGAGGCUGACAACCGGAGACAUGCUGCCGCUGCUGCCGCUGCUGCAGCCUACGCCACCCCGGCCUACGCCACCCCGGCCUACGCCACCCCGGCCUACGCCACCCCCAGCCCCCCAGCCUCUCCAGCCCCAGUGUCAAGGUCAGAUAGUGGGGUGGACAAGGUGGUGUCACAUCUAGCCAAUGUAGCUCAUAGCGUCCUGGGGCCCGUCAAACUAACCAUCCCCGGGGCCAAGGAGGCCUUUGAGAGAGCCAAAGACCAGAAUCAGAGACCCUCUGACCCACCUCACCCCAAGGCCAUACCUGACUCCCCCCUCACCAUCACCACCACUCCCCUCUCCCCCUCCACCUUCAGACACCCUGCCCCUCAGCCCCCGCCCCGCCUGUCCUCCCAGUCUCCUCCCAGGCAGCCCUCCUCCAAAACUGAGCCAGCCCCCCCUCCCCCUCCACAGAGGAGGCCUUCCCCUCCUAAAGACUGUACCCUGGCCCAGGGCACCCAGGACCCCAUGGAGAGGCCGGUGGUGGUGUUACGAGGCAGCGGGGAGACUGCACCAAGGAAGGCGCCCACCACCACACCCAACCAGACACCUACUGCAGCCUCAGAGCAACGCAAUAGGCCAGAACUCCUGGCCUCACAGAGACCGAGCCCAGCCUCCGCAGCCUCCACCCCGCAGGAUAAMACCAGCAGCAAGAAGACGUAGCAGAUAAGACACCCAUGACAAUAGAGACUGCUUGAUGGAGAUUUGAAUCUUUAUCCACAGACAACUGCAUGUUUGGAAGAAAACAACAUUCUAAACUGUUUGCAACUCACUAAUCAUUAUCUGAGAGUAUAGCCAUCUGAUAGAUGGAGGGAGAGAGGGAGAGAGAGAGAGAUGGAGAGAGAGGGAGAGAGAGAGAUGGAGGGGGAGAGAGAGAGAUGGAGGGAGGGAGGGAGAGAGAGGGAGGAAGGGAGAGAGGUGAUAGUUUGGGCACUGACUAUGUAUUCCUGUAUUCCAGAGACAUCCAGAUUGGCUGUAGAUCUCUUGUUGUUCUUAUACUCAGUUUUUUGACGUUGAUUCGUGUUCCUGUGAAGUCGGUCUGCGUUUGUUUCUCUCUCUGCAAAGAAACAUGGGGGCUAGAAAUAAACAGUGUGAGUUCACUGAUCCACACGCACUGAGGAAAGGAUUAACAAACACACACAAACACUCUAAUGCUCUUUUCUUAGUAUACUGCCUCGUUAGCUUUCACCUUGGAAGUUCCAGUCGUCUGACAUGUGACUUUUAUCAAGCCAAUAGAUCAGGUUGUGCCUUGUAAACAAUACAGCCACCACUGCACCCCUCCUGCAUGUCUCCAGCCGUCCGUGACUGAACAGGGUGUAACUCAGCAAUAAAAGUAGCGUAUGCUUAGCAAUCAGUAUAAAUACAUUACAGUCUGUUAAUGAAACAAUGUGCAUCACCCACCUUUAACUCACUCAGCAGCCUCAGGCAAAUGGCAUUGUGUGUUAUUAUUCCCUCAUGGUCUAACGCUGCACUCUGUAUCUUUAACUGUUUAAUAGUGCAGACUAGCUAGAGAAAACCCUCUGGUCUCUAUAUAACACUCUAUUCAUGUUGUGGCUGUCAGAAUGGCUAUUCAAGCAGUGUUUGUAUUUGAAUCACAGAGCGUUCCAUGAAAAUCUCUUUCCCUAUCCGCUCCACCGGCUAUUUGUGUGCUUGUCAGUGUAGCUAGCGUAUAGAAGCUAACCCUUCCAUGGCUCUACCUGGACCGGUCAGUGUAGCUAGCGUAUAGAAGCUAACCCUUCCA